AUGAACGACCAAGACUCCGUAGGCCCCGCCCACAAUCAACGACGGAACCGAAAUGCAAAAUAUUUCACGACGAGCAAUGAAUCCAAUGAUAAUUCAACAAGGGCCCACCACACCAGCAUCAUAACCGAAAGCCGACCUGCCAACGAAAGUUGCAUCAUGCGCUCCAGCCUGUCCUGCAAUGCUUGCCGAUGUGCAAAAUCAGGCCUCGCUGCCGUCUGCGUUCUGACUCGACCGCGGAUGAGCGUCGGCAAGGCACCGCGUAGCAGGCGAACGACGCCGCUCGAGUCGGCUCGUUGCCGCGACGAUGGGCACGCCGAUGCUGCUCGCGUCCAAGGCCGAGCUCCCACUGCCUUGCGAGAGCAUGCAGGGGAGCCGGUGGCCAAGGCGGGGUCAGGAAGGGAGCAAGAGUCCGGCCAUGAUCUGGACGCCGUGGAUCAUCACCUCGCAAACCUCCCCGGUAGCGUUCUCGUCAAGGCUGUCCACGUCUUCACGAACAGCUUUCCCGAGCUUGCCGUUUUGCACCUACCGACACUGUUGGACGAGCUUCGAUGCGGCCGGUCGCCCGAGAGCAAGGCUCUGCUCGGAGCCGUCCUCGCCGUAACCAAGGCUCAGCUGUCGGUGCUUGCGGCUCCCUGGGCCGACGGCCUGCUCGGCAGGGAGCGGUAUGCGUCCUACGUCAAGGAGGCGCUCUCCUCCUUCAUCUUGAAACCACCCAAGAUUCAGGUGGUGCAGGCACUGCUCGUCAUCACCUUGCACGAGUGGGGUUCCCGCGACUUUCACAAGGCUUGGAUGUACUGCGGCAUCGCCAUCCGCAUCAUGCAAGCGCUCCACAGCCUUCGCGUCGCCCCCUACCCCCUUGACCUCGCGCCGGAGCACCAGCACGACGGCGUAUCGCUCGCCAUCGAGACGCGCGCCUUCUGGGCAUGCUUCAUCAUGGACUGCAUGGUGAACUCGGGAACCUACAACCCGCCCAUGCUGCCCAUGUCGGAGAUGGCCAAGCUCAAGGUCGCUCGGCCCCCGACCGCCGUCGAGUUUGCCUUCGGACCCGACACACCUCCCCGAGCCGUCGGCGGGCAUCAUUGUCUCGCGGGUCAGACGACGGGCAUGCUCGACGUGACACAGAGCUUCGAGAUUCUCGUCGGCGGAUUCGACAUAUGGACCCAAGUCAUGACCUUCAUCUUCAACGACGGACGCCGCGCCCCGGGCAUGUGCGCGCCCCACAACUGCCCGUGGGUGCCCGGCUCGCCCUGGUCGCUGUCGAGGAAUCAGCUUGAGGCUUGGAGGGCCGGCCAGCAUCGAAAGCUGCACUACCCGGACAACUCGGUCGCCAUACACAUGACGCUCGGCGUCGGGGAAACCUUUGUCUACCUCAACCUCCUAUACUACUUCAGCACCCUGAUGCUGCAUCGUGAAUAUUUCCCCUUCCUCCCGAUGCUCGAGUCCGAGCCCCGAGGGCCCGUGGACCACCCUCGGCUCGAGGCAGAAGCACCACCGGGCUGGUGGGAGGAGAGCGCCCGGCUCCUGUUCGGCGCCGCCGAGAGCAUGGCGAGAAUCUUGAGCGAGGCGUCCGAGUGCGGCGUCCGGCUCAUGACGCCCUUUGUGGGCUUCUGCGCCUUCUCGGCCGGGUACAUCAACAUCUACGUCUUUCGCUUCCCUCGCAUGAACUUGGGUCGCAGCCCGGAUGCGGGAGCAUGCGCAAAUAUGUGCCUGGACUAUCUCGAGGAGUUCCGACACGUCUGGAAGAUUGCCGACGGCUGGCGCGCAUCGCUGCUGUAUGAGCGUGCCUCCAACGAUGGACAGCGGUACCGGGGCAGGACGCGCGCCGACUUCGACACCCUCCACCAAUCCAUCCACGAGUUCCGCGUCGUUGACAGAUCCGGUGAGCACAAUCGAGAAAUUGACGGCGCCGAGCGGGCAGCCGCCUCCACUGCGCAGGCCGCGGCCGACGCCGGGAUGACGACACCUCCGAUUCAGGGGCUCGACACCAACACCCUUCUGAACCAGCUGAUGGCAGAGGUCAGCAGCAACCUCGACGAGCAAGGCGCGUGGUCGCAAUGGUGGCCGCCAAUUGAGCAGGUUGAUUCGCAGACGGGGCAGUGA